ACCAAUCAACCAGUUCCUUAACUACCCUGGAGUAGAGCGAACAGACAUUUACACAGAGAGACAGAGCAGUCAGAGACAGACAGAGGCAGUGAGAGGGACAGAAGAUGCUCAUCCUAGCCCUUCUCCUGGGCAUCAUGGUCUGCUGCACAGCCCAAGAGCAGAGCCCUCCAGUGAUCAAGCUGAACUCGGUGGUGCUGAGGGAGGCUGUGUGGACUAUCCCUGUUGGAACCUCAUCUUUCACAUUGACCUGUGAGGGGUACAGCACAGUCACCUGGUCAACCACAGCAUUCAAACUCAUGAGGAAAACUAGAUUGGGGAGUGUGAUUACCACCAGGCGCCUUACAGUAGACUACACUGGCACAUACAAGUGCAUGUAUGAGAACCAACCAGACCUCCUCUCAGAGGUCCACAUCUAUGUGAAAGAUCCCCAUAACAUCUUGGUGACCCCUCGAACCCUGGGAGAUGUGAAGGAGGGCAGUGAUGUUCUCCUCUGUCAGCUGACAAACCCCAUAGCCACCGACCUAUCCGUCCGUAUGGCCAACGGAGACCCUACACCCCCCGACAUGAACUACACUGUCAACCCAAAGAGAGGAAUCCUCAUCCGAUACCUUCUGACAAGCCACAGCGCAGACUACGUCUGCAGUGCAAAGAUCAAUGGGGUCACGAAAGUCUCCAAAGUUGUCCCCAUCUUCGUCAUUCAAAGCUUGCGUUUGCCACCAUCUGUGCUAAUUGAGGUAAAUGGGUAUGUUCGUAUUGUUGGAGAGCAGCUCCUGAUCCCCUGCAUUACCAGCAACCCUAACCACUUCUACAACGUGACGUGGAAACACUCCUCCCUCAAAGUAUUGGACUUUUCACAUAAAAUGAUACAAGGGGACCAGAGUAAUCAAGUGCACAUCACCAGUAGUGUGACUAUCCCAGCUGUGGCCAUGUCUCACACAGGGAACUUCACGUGUACAGCCAUGAAUGAGGCUGGGUUCAACAGCUCCACCACCUACCUGCAGGUUGUAGAUAAGCCUUACAUGAGGCUCAUACCCCGCCUGUCACCGGAUCUCUACUUAAAUGGCUCCUUAGUUGAAGUGAACGAAGGAGAAAACCUUGAGAUAAACAUUCAGAUCGAGGCAUAUCCUCAAAUCAUGGAGCAGUGGUGGGACAUCCCCAUGUCUCACAAUCACAACAUCUCCACUCAUGACGACACAUGGGCCGUCCGAUUCAAUAACAGGUACGAGAGCAGCUUGCUGCUACAGAGAGUGAGGUCUGAGGAGAGAGGCCAGUACACCCUCCACACCAGGAGCACAUGCCUCAAUGGCUCCAUCACCUUCAAUGUCCAAGUCUACCAGAAACCCAGUGCCAUGGUCCUACUGAAGAAUGUUACCACCCUGACCUGCACCGCCUCUGGAUACCCAGCUCCCACAAUCCUCUGGUACCAGUGCCCAGGAAUACAAAACACGUGUGAUGGUGAUAAUGACACGGUGGAGGUGCAGCCUCUUCUCACCAGCACCAUGGAGGUGCAGAGUGAGGUGACCCUCAGUCCCUCAAGUAUGGAGGUCACAGUGGAGUGUGUGACCUUUAACCUGGUUGGUAAAGAGCGGGACAUCUUCGUAUUGCGUGUCCCUGCUGCGACUUUACCAACAUUUGCAACGCCCAAGCUGUUCACACCCACUUUCAUUGGAGCCACCAGCACAGCAACCCUUCUGUUCCUUCUGCUUGUCAUCGUCCUGUACAAAUACAAGCAGAAACCAAAAUAUGAAGUCCGGUGGAAGAUCAUUGAGGCCAAUGAUGGGAAUAACUACACCUUUAUUGACCCUACACAACUUCCUUAUAACAAGAAGUGGGAGUUCCCUCGUGACAAGCUGAGGCUUGGCCAGAUUCUGGGAGCAGGGGCUUUUGGGAAAGUAGUGGAGGCCACUGCCUAUGGUCUGGGGACAGGUGACAACAUGACCACGCGCGUGGCAGUAAAGAUGCUCAAGCCAAGCGCCCACUCCGAAGAGAGAGAAGCUCUGAUGUCAGAGCUGAAGAUCCUCAGUCACCUGGGAUCUCAUGACAACAUUGUUAACCUGUUAGGGGCGUGUACUCAAGGAGGCCCAAUGCUGAUGAUCACGGAGUACUGCAGCUAUGGCGACCUGCUGAACUUCUUGCAUGGCAAGGCCAAGCUGUUCCUGUACUCUAUCCCGAGAGGACCAGGGACUCCAGAGGUUCCACGGGUUCCAGAGAACCAUGAUCACUACAAGAACACAUGUGCACAGGAGUCCCGUGUAAGGAGUGACAGUGGGAUCUCCUGCUCCAGCUCAGACAACUUCCUGGACACACAUCCAGCGCAGAGACCCAAACACUGUCCUAUGGGUUCCCUAUGUGAGGAUCCAGAGACAGGCACCUGGUCGCUGGACAUAGAAGACUUGUUGAGGUUCUCCUCUCAGGUGGCUCAGGGAAUGGACUUCCUGGCAUCCAAAAAUUGCAUUCACAGGGACGUGGCCGCUAGGAACGUCCUCUUGACCGAUGGCCGUGUGGCUAAGAUCUGCGACUUCGGCCUCGCCAGAGACAUCGAAAAUGACUCCAACUAUGUGGUGAAAGGAAAUGCCCGUCUGCCAGUGAAGUGGAUGGCCCCUGAGAGCAUCUUUGAAUGUGUGUACACAGUGAAGAGUGACGUCUGGUCCUAUGGGAUACUGCUGUGGGAGAUCUUCUCUCUGGGUAAGAGCCCAUACCCUAAUGUUGUGGUGGACACCCGGUUCUACAAGAUGAUCAAAGAUGGAUGCUACAUGUCUCAGCCAGACUUUGCCCCUCCAGAAAUAUACACCAUCAUGAAAAUGUGCUGGAACCUGGAACCAACAGAGCGUCCAGCCUUCAGUACCAUCGGCCAACUUAUCCAAAGGCUACUGCCUGACCAGCCAGACCAUACCUACAGGAAUGUGCAGGAUAAGACUCCACAGCAGGGGGCAGGAGAGCAGGGGGACCCAGAUAAGACGAAUGGGGAUUGUGAACAGACACUGAACCAAGAGGGAGAGGAGGAGCCCCUGAUGAAAAAUAACAACUACCAGUUCUGCUGAGAGCACAUCAGGCCAUCAUCAAUGACUAUACAUUCACGUUAACAUCUGUCAAUCACAGGCAAGAGAUGGGUGGAUACACACCAGUUUAUCCAAAUGUCUUGAUUCUCAUUGUACUGAACAUGAUUUCAGUGCCAUACAGUAGCUGCCAGUAAGCAACAUUGGGAACUAAGCUUUUAUGCCUUGAUUAUGUCUUGAUCAUUGAUCAAAUGACCAAAAGCUCAUAAUUAGGUCAUAUAAAUCUAAUUAUCUUUAAAGCUGCAAUAUGUACACUUUUGGGUGACCCCACCAAAUUCACAUAGAAAUGUGAGUUAUAGAUCUGUCAUUCGCAGUGAAAGCAAGUCUAAGAAGCAGUAGAUCUGUUCUGUGCACUAUUUCUGUUCUGUGCACUGCUUUUCCGUUCACAAGUUUCGUUUUUGCAUCUUUCACUUUCUAUUUUGUACACAAGCUUCAAGCAGCUGAAAAAAACAACAUCUUUUGUUAUUUCACAGCGGUUUAGACGGUACAAUGAUUCACAACACUAUACUUGCUUGUUUAGUCAUAAACUGAAAUGAGGCAUACUAUUAGAAUGUUAGCAACCAGGAAAUGGCUGAGCGAUUUCUAGAUAAUGUAUGUCUAUUGGAGAAUAAAGGCAGUUACAUAUGCAGCUUUAUGUUUCCAAAAAUCCCAAAAUUCUCAACACCAAUUUCACUGAACUGAGAUCAACAUUUCAGUACGCCCUAGCAGCACAAAAAGACAUAGUUAUUGCAAACGCUUUACAAUUAUAUCAUAUAGUAGCAACAUAGUCUCUUUUGAAAGUUUUUCUUGAGUGUUUGAAAAUCUGAAGUGUGUGAACUUCAAUGGAACCAAAUGAUUUCUGUUUUUUGUCUUGCCUUCAGCGUAAGAAAUGCUUUACAUUCAACUGAAACGUACUGUAACUCUUGGCACGCUCAACGCCAGCUUCACAAGGUAGUGACCUGGAAUGAAUUUCAAUUAACAGGUGUGCCUUGUUAAAAGUUCAUUCGUGGAAUUUCUUUCUUUCUUAAUGUUUUUGAGCCAAGCAGUUAUUGUGCGGAAAACUUCAAGAACUUUCAAAGUUUCUUCAAGUGCAGUCGCAAAAAACAAUCAAGCGCUAUGAUGAAACUGGCUCUCAUGAGGACUGCCACAGGAAAGGAAGACUCAGUGUUACCUCUGCUGCAGAAUAUAAAUUCAUCAGAGUUAACUGAACCUCAGAUUGCAGCCCAAAUAACAGAGACUGCGUGAAUCAGGCUUUCAUGGUCUAAUUGCUGCAAAUAAACCACUACUAAAGGACACCAAUAAUAAGAAGAGACUUGCUUGGGCCAAGAAACA